CUAGUGCCCACAACCUUCACUCUCUCUCUCUCUCUCAGCUCUGCUCUUCUUCCCCAUUUCCCUCACAAACCCUUUUCUCUUCUGAAAUGUCAACAUCAUAGUCACUCUCUGGAUCUCUGCUCAGCUGCUCUCUCGUCUCAACUGUCAAGUCAAGACUCGACGCCUCUUUGAUUCGCUCGGCUCGCCGAGGUCAACCGUCGCGCGGUUCUCUUCCUCGUCGACCAUCCUAACUCCUAAGAAUCUAGGCCUUGAAGAUUUCAGCUUGGACUACUUCUCUUUGGGUGCAGACUUGUCAUUCCACCCCUAACUUCGAUGAAGAAGCCCAGCUCCGACCCAGCAUUCCCGCUCCCCGACUCGGAUCUUCUGCCGGAGCGUCCCCCCAGCGCCCACCGCAAGCCGCGGGGCUCGGCUCUGCCCCGACUCAAGCGGGCCGGCCUCCCCACCGGCAAACGGAGCCGGCCCGAGACGCCUCUACUCAAGUGGAAGAUCCAAGACACCGCGGAAAACGGGAAUGACAGGCGGAAAGACCAAAAUGACCUCGAGGAACAAGAACCGAGAGACGAGGGCGGAGGACCUAGGAGGAAGGGUAGAAAGGGAAGAGAGGUCCCCCUGUCGGCUAGGAAGCUCGCCGCCGGACUCUGGAGGCUUCAGCUGCCGGAGACCGGUGUUGAGAGACGGAGUGCUCAGCAGUUAGGGUUUCAGCCUGAUGCUGGCCAUAUUGGGGCACCAUUUAUUCACCCACGCAAUGGCAAAGGGUUUGCUUCGGAAGCCAAGGAUAAUGUACAAAGCCCUGGUUCUACCUCAAGGAGUGGAUUCUUACGCAAGUUAUCCAACUCUGUCAUGGAGGGUGCAACAAAAUGGGAUCCUGUCUGCUUGAAAUCAUCAGAAGAGGUACGCCAGAUUUACAGCCAAAUGAAGCUUCUCGAUCAACAAGUCAGUGCUGUAUCGGUGGUAAAUGUACUUGAAUCUGAAUUAGAGCAGGCUCGAGCCCGCAUUCAGGAGCUUGAGUUGGAGCGACGUUCCUCAAAAAAGAAACUUGAACACUUCUUGAGGAACAUGAAUGAGGAAAAGGUUUCAUGGCGGAGCAGAGAGCAUGAGAAAAUUCGUGCAUUUAUUGAUGACAUCAAGGUUGAAUUGAACCGGGAAAGGAAGAGUCGUCAGAGAACUGAAAUUCUCAAUUCUAAAUUGGUGAAUGACCUUGCUGAUGCCAAGUUAUCUGCAAAGCGAUACAUGCAGGACUAUGAAAAAGAAAGAAAGGCUAGAGAGUUAAUUGAGGAAGUAUGUGAUGAGCUUGCGAAGGAAAUUGGAGAAGACAAAGCUGAAGUUGAAGCGUUAAAGAGAGAAUCCAUGAAACUCAGAGAUGAUGUGGAAGAGGAAAGGAAGAUGUUGCAGAUGGCCGAGGUCUGGCGCGAGGAACGUGUUCAAAUGAAGUUGGUUGAUGCAAAAGUGGCUGUUGAAGAAAAGUAUUCUCUGAUGAACAAGCUGGUGGCAGAUCUUGAGAACUUCUUGAAGUCGAGAAGUUCAACCGCAGAUGUGAAGGAAGUGAAAGAAGGAGAGUAUCUUCGACAGGCUGCUGCUGCUGUAAACAUUCAAGACGUUAAGGACUUUUCUUAUGAGCCCCCCAAUCCUGAUGAUAUCUUUUCUGUGUUUGAAGAAGUAAAUUUUGGUGAGCCUAAUGAGAGGGAGAUUGAACAGUGUGUUGCAUACAGUCCUGUUAGCCAUGCUUCCAAAAUUCGAACUGUGAGUCCUGAAGCUAAUAGUAUCAAUAAACACCGUAUCCAGAGGCACACAAUUGCAUAUGUUGGUGACAAUGGUGACAUAGAAGAAGAUGAGAGUGGAUGGGAAACUGUGAGCCAUCUUGAGGAUCAGGACUCAAGCUAUUCGCCUGAUGGGAGUGCCCCAUCAGUCAAUAAGAAUCACCGAGGGAGUAACGUCUCAGACAGUGGAACUGAAUGGGAAGAGGAAAUUGAUGGGGAAACACCAAUCACUGAAAUUAGUGAGGUUUGCUCGGGGCCAACAAAGCAGUCAAAGAAGGUGUCAAGUAUAGCAAGGCUUUGGAGAUCUGGCCCAAAUAAUGAAGAUAACUACAAGAUUAUCUCAGUAGAGGGUAUAAACGGUAGGCUCUCAAACGGAAGGAUAUCCAAUGGGGGUAUUUUGUCCCCCGAUCGAGGUUCAGGUAAAGGUAAUUAUAGCCCCUCUGAUUUAAUGGGGCACUGGAGCUCACCGGACUCUGGGAAUCAUCACAUUCGGGGUAUGAAAGGUUGCAUCCCUCUUGGUGCGCAGAAGAACAGUUUGAAGGCAAGACUAAUGGAGGCGAGGUUGGACAGUCAAAAAGUUCAACUGCGUCAUGUUCUUAAACAGAAGAUCUAGACAUAGAGAAGCAGCGCAGAGACCCAGAAGACUAAGGUGUUGACUUUUUGCCACUUGAAACUGCUUACAGGUGGUCAUGAGGAGCCUUUGAAUAAAAUGCACAUGAUAGUGGACUCCUUUUGCAAGUGAUCCAGAAAGCAAGUCAUUAUGUUGUAUCAUUUCAAGAGUAGAUUAGAAGCAGGGGAAGUUGUAGACCAGUGAUAACAUUUCCUAGUUUGUAAUAUGUAAUCAUUGUUAUGAGAAAUGUUUCAUUCAGUUUAUAGUAAGCAAAUCUUCUCUCAGCUGGGAAAAGUAAUG